GCUCGUCCCCAGCGAUUCGCACUCGCACCUGGCGCCAAGUAAAGAGCCAAAUCAAAAGCCGUCAAAACACCAAACUCCGCUGGUCGCGCAUGCGCACGCGCUCAAAGAAAUCGAAACGAAAUCGAAAAGCAGCCAAAAAGUGACCGUUAUUACCGUACAGCCCCUGCGGCCCAACCAGCAUCUAAAGUCGUUAGGCUACAUUACAUAAUCGAGAUCGAGAGUGGAAACUGCUUCUUUUUGGCCAAAAACUGAAAACUGAAACGGCCAACUUCUGCGCACAAUUCGCCAUGUCGACGCCGCCCAGCCAGCGGACUAAUUAAUGCGCGCUCGUGGAAAGAAAAGCAAAAAAAGCGAAGCUGGGAGACCUCGUUAAUUAUAAUACUUAAGGCCGGAAAAAAGCGCUUGGCCCGAGAGCCGCGAACCGCCUCCGUUCCCAGUUCCCGGUCCCCGUAACAGUCCCCCGGAAAAAAAAAUAAACCCUCGACCGCCCAUUCAACGGCCAGCGUGAAAGUGAAAAGCAUCUGGUCAUCGGCAGCAGGACAAAGCCAAAGCUACAGCCGGAGCUACAGAUACAGCUACAGAUACAGAUACAGAUACAGAUACUGUAUCCAUCUGGAGAUACAUCUCCGUAAGCGGGCUCUGUGGGUCAGUCAUGCGCGCGAUGAGCAGCUGAGCUGCGCCAGCUGCCCGAGGAGCGGCCACCAAGAUGAUGAAGCCAUCACAGUCACAGUCACGGUCACAGUCGCGGUCACAGUCGCGGUCACAGUCGCGGUCACACUCGCAGUGCCACUGGCAGCCCCCAGCGGCGAAUGCCGCGACCUUGAGCUGGCUGUGCCUCCUGCUGCUGCUGCCCUCUUCCAGGCAGUUUGAGACGGACUGUGGCUGUCGACCAGCGCGUAGAGGACCGCGGAUAAUUGCAGGGGCUGCCACAAAUGAGGGCCAGUUUCCCUGGCAGGCUUCCCUGGAGCUACUGCAUCCAUCGCUCGGAUUUCUGGGCCAUUGGUGCGGGGCGGUGCUGAUCCAUCAGUAUUGGAUACUCUCCGCCGCCCACUGUGUUCACAACGAUCUCUUCAACCUGCCCAUUCCGCCGCUGUGGACGGUGGUCUUGGGGGAACACGAUCGCGACGUGGAAUCGGGCAACGAGCAGCGCAUUCCCGUCGAGAAGAUCGUGAUGCACCACCGCUACCACAACUUCCGGCACGACGUGGUGCUGAUGAAGCUCUCAAAGCCGGCGGAUCUCGCCAGGACCUCGAACAUCCGGCGCAUCUGUCUGCCCUUCCUGUUGGCCGAAUCUCCGGAUGCGGCACUUUCGGAGGCAGUGCCCCCAUCGGCCGAUGAGGACGUGCUCCUCCAGCAGCUGGAGCUGGAUGAUGUGCCCGCCAAGAUUGACAACUUCCUGCGCAGCGUCCAGAGCCGAAGGCGCUACAGGAAUGUCACGGCUCCCAGCAUGAAGGAGCUGAUGAACAUGAAGAUCCUCAGCAGGAUGCGUCAAGCGCUGGCGCAACGCUCUCCGCGCAGCCUGAAACGCUCGCGAAGACGCAAUGACAAGCUCAUGAAGCUGGGUCCUCGGAGGAAUUCAGAGGACUCUGCAGAGCAGAAGCACCUCAAGCUCAGUGAGGAGCCCAAGGAGUUGGCCUUUGAGGACUGCGUGGCCACGGGAUGGGGCAAGGCCAACAUCAGCGGUGAUCUGUCCAAUCAGCUGCUGAAAACUCAGGUGCCACUGCACCAGAAUGGCAGGUGCAAGGAUGCCUACGGCAGCUUCGUGAACAUCCACGGCGGCCAUCUGUGCGCCGGCAAGCUGAACGGCGAGGGCGGCACCUGUGUGGGCGACUCCGGCGGACCGCUGCAGUGCCGUUUGAGUCGCGACGGACCCUGGAUCCUGGUGGGGGUCACCUCCUUCGGUUCGGGCUGUGCGCUGGAAGGCUUCCCCGAUGUGUACACCCGCACCUCGUACUACAUGAAGUGGAUCGAGGACACGAUCGCCGCCCACUGAAUCAAGGACUACACAUAUAAACAUAUAGUACAUAUAGCUAUCGACCUGUAUUUAUCGAGUGCAAGCUCAGCUGUACAUUGCUUACUGUUACCACUUUAAGUGUAGCCCUAGCUUAUUGUUAUCAUUAUCGUUAACUAGUACGUAGGCACGGACGUUCCCUAAGUUGUUUCCGACGAGCACAAUAAUUUACACCGAAUCUUAAGCCUAAA